AAGAUCACUCGCCGAUCUUCAAAUUUCUGCUCAAAACAAAUCCGAAGUGAUUACUAAUCAGUGAAUUUCGAUCAUACUCCAACAAGAACAAUGCAAUUCUUCGGUGGCACAGAAAUCAGUCCAUCGCCGCCGGCGCCGACCGCAUCUGGGAACAAUGCCCACAUGCUAUACAUAUUCAACAGAAACGGCGUCGCUUUGCUUUACAGAGAAUGGAAUCGACCCCUCAAAACCCUCAGUCCACAGCAAGAUCACAAGCUAAUGUUUGGUCUCCUCUUCUCUCUCAAAUCCUUAACUGCUAAAAUGGAUCCCACCAGUGCUGAUAAAGGGAAUCUUGGGGUGCCGCAGUUACCUGGGCAAGGAUGUUCUUUUCACAGUUUCAGAACCAAUACUUAUAAAUUGAGUUUCAUGGAGAGUCCAUCUGGGAUUAAGCUUAUUCUCGUCACUCACCCAAAGACUGGUGAUCUGAGAGACUCUCUCAAGUACAUAUAUAACUUGUACGUUGAGUAUGUUGUCAAGAAUCCACUAUAUUCUCCUGGAACUCCCAUCAGUUGUGAGCUAUUCAAUAAAACUGUUGAUCAGUAUGUGAGAGGCCUCGGCUAAUAUGGUACGUUUAUCGUCUCGAUUCUUGAUAUUAUAACUACAAUUUUGUAUUUUUUUUAGCAAUAUUCAAAUCCUUUACAAACUGGGGAAGCAUCGGUGCAGUAGGAUUAGAACCCUAGAUGUGAUAAUUAUGAAAAUAAAAUUUUCAAACUAAAAUUAAUUUAAAAAAAA